AUGAGCCAGACUCUGAACGGCAGCCAGAUCCUGAAGCCCACCCCAUAUAGCCCCAUGCUGGAUGCCCCAUACAGCCCCACGAGGGAAGUCCUACAUGGCAUUGUGGUGGGCAGAGAAUACCACCCCACUUUGGACUCCUCAGACAGCCCCAAGGCUCAAGUGGUGCUGAGCAUCCUGGCCAUGUUCACCUGCGUGUGUGGCAUUAUGGGGAACAGCCUGGUGAUCUGGCUGCUGACCUGCCGGAUGCAGAGGACCCCCUUCUGCACGUACAUCCUCCACCUGGCCGUGGCUGACCUCCUCUUCCUCCUCUGCACGGCCAUCACCAUCUGUCUAGAAGACAGCCUGCUGGCCUAUGAGGUGAUGCAGAGAAUGAAGUACUUUGCCUACACAGUGAGCCUGGGUCUGCUGACGGCCAUCAGCACGCAGCGCUGCCUGUCUGUCCUCUUCCCCAUCUGGUACAAGUGUCACCAGCCCCAGCACCUGUCAGCCGUGGUGUGUGCCGUGCUCUGGGCCGUGUUCCUGCUGAUGAACAUGCUGGCCUCGUUCUUCUGCAGCAAGUUCUGGCAUUUCAAGAAUGAGCAGUGCUUCAUAGUGGACUCCACCUUCAGCACCCUCAUUAUGGGGGUCUUCACCCCAGUGAUGACCGCAUCCAGCGUGACCCUCUUCGUGCUGGUGCGGAGGAGCUCACGGCAGUGGCAGCGGCAGCGCCAGCCCACGCGACUGUACGUGGUCACCCUGGCCUCCGUCCUGGUGUUCCUCAUCUGCGCCCUGCCCCUCGGCAUCAGCUGGUUCCUCUUCUACUGGCUGCUCCUGCCCCUGGAGCUGAAGUCUCUGUUCCAUCACAUGGCGACCUUCUCCUCAGCCGUGAGCAGCAGUGCCAACCCCAUCAUCUACUUCGUGGUGGGCAGCCGGGGCCGCCGGGGCCUGCAGGAGCCCCUGGGGACCGUGCUGCAAAGGGCGCUGAGGGAGGAGCCGGAGCUGGAGGAGAGGGAGACGCUCUCCACGGGCACUGGCACCGGCACCGGCACCGGCACCGAGGAGGGGGCCUGA